CGGCCGACAAUCUUGUAUAAAGCCCUCAGCUUCUUCCUUACACUGUGGAUCUCUCACCCUCUCUCUUUGUUUCACACACUUGAACACCCUCUAGCGUCUAUCAACUCUGUACAUCAAAUCAAAUACCACCCAAACACUGUCCAACAUGACCUUCUACCACACCGCUGAGGACAUCCGCAUCGACGACGGCCAUAUGUUGAGGGCUCGUCUCCAGACCGCCGAAGGCGAAUGGAAUGACGCCGAGAUUGACCUCAACAGCUGCAUCGGCAACGACAACGGCAACUUCCACUGGGACGGCGAGGGCUUUGCCAACUCCGCCGAGAACAUCGAGUUUGCACUUGAGGGAGACGGCGACGUUCCUGUCCUUCGUGCUACUCUCUUCGACGCCGACGGCAACGCUGAGACUCGCGACAUCAACUUGGGCGAGCGCAUCAUUAACAACGACGGUAACUUUCACUACGAGUAAGGGAAAUAUCUGAUAAGCCUGUUAUGGAUCUACGGUACCAGUAUCCUGUGCUAUGAGACACUUCGAUGAGGAUUAUGAGCUAUGAGUACAUCGAAAAACUCCUCAAUGAUAUGAAAUAACG